AUGGCAUUUAUUGCAACUACAUCAAUAUUAACAACAAUCGAUAAAAUUAUUGAACGAGCAAAUGAAGUAAAGGUAUGUCAAGAUCAUAUGAAACUAGUAACAACUAGUUUAACUCGUCUUCAACAUCGGCUUAAUGAUAGUUUAACCGUAUUAGACGAAACUCAUUCACAAAAAGAUCUUGCAGAAAUACUAAAAGCCAUCGAUGAAAUUAUUACUAGUUGUGUGGAAAAUGAAAACCUUCUUGAUGGGAUGACGUAUAAGGAUCUCGAAUCUGUACUAGUUCGUCUUCAAUAUCAACUAGCUCAAUAUGAGUCUAGUCUAACAGAUGAUUGUGAAGUUAGAGUCCAAAUAUUAUCUAACGCUUUACAAGACCAACGAUUCUGUGUUACGAAGUCUUCUGAAGAGACAUUGAGACAAAGAUUAGAUGUACUUGAGCAACAAACGAAGAAAAAUAUCAUAGAAAAACUUCGUUACUUACGUGAAAAAUAUCCCAAAACGAUCGAAUCUUAUCUUCGUACUUGUAUUGAACUGCAUCAAUGGGAAUUUAUUCCUGGUCUCACGAGUGAUAUUGUUGCCAGAGUUGCCAAUUUUUUCUAUGAAAUCUCUAAUAGAGAACAAAUGCUAUUAGAAAAUGAAUGGCGAUCAAGUAAAUUUCCUAUCAAACGCACAUUCAUCCGAUUUAAAGCCGAUAAAUUGACACCAUUCGAAAGAAAUGAAUUACGACGAUUAUUGCCAGCAGAUGAAGACAAUAUGGUACAAGAUGCGCAUAGUAGAAGAGAAAAAUUCAGAAAAAUGUGGGAACGAUUAAUAUCGACCCCCUACACGAAAUCUGUGGUUGAAAAAGAUCAUUGUUCACAAGAAGAUGAUACAAAUGAGGAACAGUUUAUUCGGAAUAAACGUUGGAGUAUUAUUUUGGGUGAUCCAGGAAGUGGAAAAACAAUUUUUGUUCGAUGGCUUGUUUAUCAUUUUGCUCAAACACUUCUUCUCAAUGAACAACAUUCAACUAAUUAUGGUCCUCUUCGUAUACCAAUUUUAAUUUGUAUUAGCGAAUUUGCCAAAGUAUUGAAAGAAAAGCCAUCACUUACUUUAUUUGAUUAUAUUGGAAAACACAAAUGGAUGGGAAAACCAAUCAUUGAUGAUUCAUUGAUCUCUCUUGAUGAUCUUUCAUGUGCUCUUCAAGAUUAUAUUCAACAAGGCCAAGCUCUAAUUAUAUUUGAUGGAUUUGAUGAAAUUUCUACAUCAGAUCAACGUUCAAAAAUCAUUAAUAUUAUUGAAAAUUUUGUUGACACUUACGUUCAGAUACCCAUAGAUUAUUCUUCAUUUGACAAUAUAUAUUUAAGCAAGUUAUUAGAUGAUCCAUCUCGUUCUGGAGGUAAUCAAUUGAUUAUUACGAGUCGUAUUGUCAAUUAUGAUACGAUUGCAUUAACUGGAAAAUUUGCGCGUUACACAAUUCAAUCUAUGGAUAAGAAAACUAUAAUAGAUUUUGUCGAUUAUUGGUUUUCUCGUGUACAUCAACGUAUCAUUGAUAUACUAAAUCUUCAAUUAGUUAAUAAAGCAGAAAAACAUAGUGAAGCACUGAGAAAAGAAUUGGACACAACGAAAGAUGCUGCUUUUUUUGAAAUGGCUUCGAAUUUAGGUUUGCUAUCAUCGAUUUGCACAAUAUGUUUCAGUCAAUUAGAAGGUUCACCAUUACCUGCUGGACGAUUUUUUCAAUAUGAAUCCAUUGUCAAAGCAAGGUUAAAUUUAACACUUAGUAAAUUAGAGAAUAUUGAUAUAUCACAAGUGAUUCGAACUCUGACUGAUAUUACUAGUUGUAUCCAUCAAAAUUCGACAUCGAAUUUGAUUUCCAAUAACCAAAUAAAAGAUAUAUGUGUUCAAACAAUCAAAAUAUCCAAGAAUAAUGCAUCAAUAACAGCAGAUGAUAUUCAACGUUUCGAUAAACAAAUAUCCGAAAUGACGCAAAUCAUUCGUGAUAAUAUUGGUAUUUUAGUUUUGCGAGAUGAAUCACAUUAUGGUUUUCUUCAUCUAGCAUUUCAACAAUAUUUCACUUGCUUGAAAUUGCUCGAAGCAGAUACGUCAAAAAAGCAGAAAUUUGUCACUGACGGAUUCAGUCGAGACAAGAAAAUUCAACUCAUCUCUCAACUAUUGUGUAGUCACAUGUCUGCUCAACGGUUUCGAGUACCGAUUGCACUUGCUUUAGGGAAAAUUAGUUCGUCUUGGUCCCAGGGUGAUUUUGAUGAUCUUUGCUACGAAUUUAUACAAGCUCAACAUGAAUAUGAUUCUUUUUUGCCACUUGGCUCUUAUAUAUUGAUAAAUUGUAUCGAUGACUUUGUUAAUUAUCCUUCGAAUGACAUUUUGUUCAAUGUAUUAAAUCGUUUAAUAAUCGCAGCUGGUCAACAUGAAUGGUCCAUUGUAUGUCCAUUUCUACUUGAUCAAAUUACAAAUGCAUUGAGAAAAUUUCGAAAAGAUACUGUUUCAUUAUGGAUUAUUGAGUUCUUGUCUGAACAUUCUCGACAUAAUAUUCAAACUAUAACAGUUUUUUGUCAACUUCUCGAAGGAAAACCUCAUGAAUUUGAAAAUAUUCAAUGGUUAGAUCAAACAUCUUGUUCAAUACUUCAAUCGUUAUUAAUACUUGAUAAUGAAAAUAAUGGAUUUGCUAUUGAUCGAUUAUUAGUUAAAAUUGCUUUCUCAAAUCAUCAAUUAUUAUCUUCGAAUUCAACUACAUUCAAAAGUUUUCUAACUGAUAAACAAAUUGAAAUAAAUUCAAUUCCUGUUCUUCUCUUUCCAUUAAUUAUUGCUUUAUAUGGUGGCUUAACACGGGAUGGUCAAAGUAUUGUCUUCAAUCCUUCGCAUAUUCAUCGAGAAUCAUCUAUAUUAACACCAAUUUUAAUACGUUUUCUUUCUGCAAAUGAUCGUGAUAAACAAGAUCAAAAUUUUAAAAAAUUACAACAAGAAUGUUUAAAAUCUUUUGUUAUGCGAAUGGAAAAUCAUGAUGAAUCUUUAGAAGCAGUUGAUUUAUGUAUUGCAACUAUUUGUUUAUAUAACAUCGAAUAUAUCUAUAACAAUUUAGAUAUUAUUUCCAAUUCUUUUUUACGUAUUUGUAUGAAUAGAUUAAAAUAUAUUUCAAUGAUUUUACGUCAAUUCUAUUUUACUACGGAUGAAAAUGAUCUAUCUAUGGAAAAGGAAACUACAAAAUUUAUUUCAAUUAGUAUCAACAAAUUUCAAUUUGUUGACGCAGCAAGAUUUUAUUUUCUUGAUAUGUUAAAUUCACUAAGAAGUAGUGUAGCUCGUUUACGAUCUUCUUCAACAUCAAUUUUAUUGGAAGGUUUAUCCGAACCUGAUAAACGAGUGACAUUAUGUCUGCCUAAUUCUCUACGAAAUGAGAAUCAAUUUCUUAAUGGUCUAUUAAUAACAGAUGUACAAUUUUAUUCUAAUCAAAAAUCUUGUUCAUUAAUUCAUCAUUUCACCAAACUUUUCUGGCCAUUAGAACAUAGUGAUGAAUUUGGUACACCAUAUAGAAUGUCAAUUGCUUUAAAUACAAUACCAGAAUAUUUACUAUUUCGAAAUGAUGAAGAUAUUUUAACUUUAUUAACAUUUGUUCCUUCACAUUUACAAAAUCUUUAUAUUCGAUUAUUGAAAAAAAAAUUUAUUAUAAUUAAUCCAAAAGAUUCGAUAGUUAAUAGUAAACAACAUCUUUAUUUUGGUCACAUUCUAACUGAAUGUUUAAUAUUUUUAUCAAAUGCAUCAUGCAAGAGAUUGUCUAUUUUAGGCGCUUUAAUCAACCUGUUACCGUGGCUUCGAAUGCAACAAUUAGAAAACUUUGGCAGUAGUCUUUUAUGGACAUUAGCUAUAGAUGAUUCCAUUCUUUUGGAUAUUUAUGAAAAAAAAAGAAAACGUCCAACCAAUUAUGAAACUGGUCAAUAUAUGGAUAAAGAUACAGACUUUUUUAAAGGAUGUCAUCUAAAAGAUGAAAAACGAAAAACAAUAAUCCAAACUAAUAUCGAACAAGAAUAUCAAAGACUUCAAAAUGCUUCCAUUAAUAAUGAUCUCAAAAAUAUAAAACUCUAUUCUGCAUCAAUCUCUUUGGCACAUAUUUGUCAUUGGACGGAUGAUGAAAAAAAAUUCUUUUUAUUAGAACAAUGUAUAAAUGGAGCUAUGUCAAUUCAGAAUCAACUUGCUCGUCUUGAUGCAUUAUGUCUGAUUGCUUUAUACUCAUAUUCCGAUUAUGAUCGAAUUAAGAUAGAUAGAGAUAGAUCUCUAAAGAUGGAAAUCGAACGUCAAUUCAAUGAAAUCUAUCCAAAUUUACCUCUUCUAUUACAAACAGCUAUAUUUAUUCGAUGUUUACCUUUACUUCUACAUUCGAAAGUAAUCGACGAUUGUCUUCAAAAUCUUAUUAGUAAAUUUAAUGAUAUAGAUCAACGAGAUCGACAAGCAGUCAUUGAAGCCUUAUUACCAUACAUGGAAUUGAAUUGUACUUUUUCAUCUAUUACAAAUCGUUUCUCAUAUUGUUUACAAGAUCAAAAUAGAAAUAUACAUAAUAAAUCUUCUGCUUUGAAGAGAUAUUUUGAUAUUAGCACACAUGAAAAUCUAUUAUUUUCAUUAUCUAUUUCAAAUUUAUAUCUUAUGGAAUUAGCCAAUGAUUUUCAUGCUAUUUUUCAAGUGGAUAAUCGUCAAUUUAGUAUCAAUGAAUCGAUUGAAACAAAACUAUUUCAAGCCGGAAACAAUAUUUUGAAAGAAGAACAAGUGUUAACAAUAACUAAUAUUCUUUCCUUCGUUUUGUUAACAAAUCAAUAUAAUCAGUACGAGAAACUUUGGAUUAUCUUGAAUAAUGCUCUUCACCGUAUGACUUGGGUAGAAUUCAAAGCAUGUCGUUUGUUAGAAUCUUGGUUGAAAUGGAGAGAUUCAAAUGAAUUUUCUUGUUUUGCUUAUCAUGCUGCACUUCUUCUAAUUAAUUCCGACAUAUGGUCUGUUGAAGCUACAGAAAUUCUAUGUGAUAUCUUAUCUAGUGAUAAUGAUCGUUUUCGUCACAGAGCUGAAAUUAUAUGUCGAUCAUCGUAUGAACAUGAUGUUCGAACAAGUUCGAAAUUAGGCAUAGAUGUUAUAUUGACUCUAAUCAAGAAAAAAAUUUAUUAUCAAUUAAAUUCAGCAUCUGCUGGACUGACAUUAAAUCGAUUGAUCCGAAAUAUAACUCUAGAUAUUCAAUCUCAUCUAGAAAUAUUGCUUUGGCUAGAAAGAUAUAGAAUUCAUGCAUUGAUCAAUAAAGAAUAUUCCUUCAACAAUUUAAGUUCAUCGAAGAAUUCUUAUAUAACUUCAUUUUUUUCAACUGAUAUAGAAUUAGAUACAUGUUCCUAUAUUAAUUCAUUUCGACUCUCCAAUGAUUUGGUAAUAUAUUUGUGUGAUAUGAUUGAAUCGAAUUUUAUUUUAUUCCUCUCGAUCAAUGAAGAUACAACAUCAGAUGAAGUUUCGGAAAGUCAUAAUCGAUUUAUUAUUUCAAUACUUUUAACUUUAUACAAAUUAUUGAAUAACACUAAUCAAACACGGCAAGCAGGAAUUACUGCUCUUAUGAAAUUAUUCGAGAAAUCCAAUAACAAUCAAAUUUGUCAAGCUAUAGCGUGUCUUCUUGGUUAUGUAUGUAAUGAAAAAACAUAUAAAUAUUUGUUUAAUAAAAUUGUAUGGAUAGUGAACAAAACAUGUUAUGGCACUUCUAAUUAUUCUAAUGAUGUUUUGUGUGCACUUAUCUCAAGUUAUUUCUAUUGUGUAUCUAUAAGCAAAAUCAAAUUUGAUCAAGAUGAUUUGAAUUUAUUUUCUACUUUGUUAAAACAUGACUCACAGGAUAUUGUAAAAGCUGUUCGUAUAGGAUUGGCUCGUGUUCUUGAAGAUUCCUUAUCUCUUAUUAGAUAUCUCGAUUGUGAUUAUAUUCAAUGUUAUCAUGCAUUGAUCGGAUCAACAGCAUCCUGUUAUGUUGAUGAAAUUCAGCAAAAUAGUGAAAAUAAUGUCGCAAAAUUUAUUGAAGAACAUCCAACUCUUUUACCAAUCUUUAUGAUCGAAUUAUACGAUAGUAUUCGUCAUUUUUCCAUUAAAAUACUACAGAUCGGAUUCAAUAACUACGAUUUAGCUUAUGGAUAUCCUACGUAUGUAAAGAUUGCUUGUCUAAUCGCUGUACGUAUGCCGAAAGUAUUUUGUACUUUCAUCAACGAUUGGCCCGAAAGAGACAAUUUUAAACGAGCAUUGUUUUAUACGAGUAAACAAAAUCAUUUUCCACAACGCGCUGCUUGCUUAACAAUUCUAUCACUGUUGGGUGAAUUGACAAUCGACUUAUGUCAAAUGUUCAUUGAAGCUGUACAUGAUGAUCCAUAUAUUCAAAAUAAUUGUUAUAAAUCUAUAAGAUUUAUUCAUUCUGUUAAAGAUGAGAAAGUCGUUUUAAAUCUUUUAUUAUCAUAUUUGAAAUCAAAAUCCAUGAAUGUUCGAUAUGUUACAGCUAACAUACUUCUUCAUCUUUCUCAAUCAUCUCUUAUUCCAUUUCAACAAGUUCAGACUAUGUUGAAUGAUCUUAUGUUAGAUUUGAGUUCAAAUGAAGAUUUAUGGUUAAUUAAAGAAAAAGAUGGUUUCUCUUUAGAAUGUCAAUAUUACUAUGCUGGUCCAUUGAAACAUGUUAUUUAUACACUUCUAGUUCAACAUAUCACUGAACAUAAAAGUGACAAUAUUCGAAGAAAUCAAAUCAAUGAUAUUGAUUUGGAUUUCAUUGAAUCUGAAAAAGCAUCCCGUUUCGCUUCCUGUAUCUAUGAGAAAAAAUCUGAAGACAUUCCAGAAUAA